UUUUCCAUUUCAAUUUGAAGGUCCCCUCUGGGAUUUGUUCCCUGCUCACUUACUCUGUUUCUUUUCUUUUUCACUGCAUUCCUCCCCUGAUGAAGCUAAUUUUAUGAUUACCAUCUCUAUACUUGGUGCCUUUUUGAGGUUUGAUUCCUUUCUUUCUCAAUUCCUUAGAAACAAAUGAUUUCUCAAAGUUUCAAGAUCAUCUUCCUGCGAGGCAACCCCACAGAGUUAUGUUUUGCCUGCCUUUUGAGAGCAGCCUGCCUUUUUCACCUCUUCUUCCCCCUGAAUCGCAUUCGUGUUCUUGUUAUGUUUUGCCUCAGUCGAAGCUGUCCUUGUCAGGGCGUCUAUCUUUCUUUUCUUAAUUUGCACCGUACUUGUGUACCAAAACCAGAACUGACAACACAAACACACGAUUCUCUGUCCCUUCUUUCGUUUACUGCAUUUGUGCCCUCCCACUCUGCUUCCUUUUCCAUUUCCCCCAAUGGCUACUACUCUUACUCGCCCACCUUCCUCUCCAUCCCUCCCACCCCCUACCCCAACUCGCCUCCUCAGUAUCCAGAUUUGUAUGGAAAGCGCCGGCAAACGGCCAAGGUUCAGAUGCUUCAGAGGGAGAUUGCUUUUCUCCAGGAAGACUUGAAGUCUACCGAUGGUCUUCAACCUGCAUCUCAAUGCUGCAAAGAGUACGUACACCAGUUCAUUUGCCAAAGACUUUGAACUUCUACUUCCCAGAUCUUCUGCUCAUCUAGCACAAGAACACUUUGCAGGGUAGCUGACUAUGUGGUCGCCAAAUCAGAUCCCUUGAUAACAACGUAAGGGGUUUCCCAUCAUUAAUUUUCUAAAAUUCUUUGCAGUCUAUUCAUGCUAUAUGUUUCUUCUUUGAAUCAGAUAUAAGAAGCAUAGCCGCAGAUGUCAAUUUUGGACAUGACUCUGGUAUGUAACUCUCACCUUACUUUUUCUUCCAUGAUGAUGUGGUGUAAGAAUAAUCAGGCUAAUUCUCACUUGAUGCAGUGGGUUCCCCUGCUGUAAGUUGUCGUGGAUUUGCUGUUGCUGCUAUGCUGGAUGCUCGAUCCAUCUCGAAAACCCACCCUGCUGGAGCUGUAAUAAUCCAUGUAAAUGCCUAUCAUGCGGCUGCUGUAACUUACCAAAGUGGAAGUGUUGUACUUGUCCAACACUACCCCGAUGCUCAUGCUCUUGCCCAAUCAUUUCAUGCAGCCAAUGUUGCCAUUUUUCAUUACCUUCAUGCCCUGAAUGCCCAUGCUGUGAAUGCAAAUGCUGCUGUGGCUGUACUGGAAACUGCUGCUGUAAUCCAUGCCACUUGUGUUGCUAGCCAGAGACCGACACCACUGCUCAGUCCCUUAGUUUUUAGCUUUCUUCUUCAGUUGGCAGACUCGUUUAACCAAAUUUCUCGGGGAACCACCUUCGAGCAGCAACAAGAAUGUAAAAUAAGGUACAGUGUUUGCUGAGGAAGUUGAUGGCCGAGUCAAAAUGAUUCUUCCAGUUGGGAGUUUAGCAACUGUUAACUGUGUGAGGUGCGGGGCAAUCAGCAAAAACUGGAGCGUCCGGCUGCAACAAAGUGAGAAGAAUGGGCAUCCCAAACUCCUUGCCUGCACAAACUGAGAGAGCUCAGCACAGUUCGAUAGCAACACAAAAGUGCCAGUUAACAAUUCAGAAGAAGAACAUAGUCAUCAUGCAAUAUAUUCAGAAGAAAAACAAAAUAACAAUUUUAACCUGUUCUGAAUAUCAACCAAAUCCAUGAUGUUAUAUUUUCUC